AUGAAUGAUCUAGCUGGCUUUGAACCGCCAAGAAUCGAUUGGACACCCGUACCAGAUCUGGCGCAACGGCUCAAGCGAUAUCGGCAGAAGUGUGAAUUACUGUUUGAUGGCCCUUUGAAAGAUAGAACUGUUAAGCAGAAAUGCCGAUAUGUUCUCCUAUGGGUAGGAGAUUAUGGUCUUGACCUAUAUAAUACAUGGAAUUUGAGUGAAGCCGAUCAAGACAAAUUAGACGAGUAUUGGAAAAGAUUUGAACAGCACGUAAAACCUCAGUCCAACCAUCUUCCAAAUCGUUUCUAUCUCAGAAACUUGAAGCAGAAUAACCGACCUCUCGACGAGUUUUUAACCGAAGCAAACCUCCUUAUUCAGAACAGUGGUUAUCCGGAUGAAAUACAUGAUGAAUUGAUGCGAGAUGCUUUGGUAUUUGGAGCUGAUUCAGAUACAGUCCGUAAGAAAUGUAUUGCUGAAGGGAAUGAACUAACUCGUAUGAAAGCAAGAGAAAUCGCCCGCACCGAGGGAGCUACCAGACAACAGCGCAAGAUGAUGACCAGAGAUGUUUCAAACCCUACACAGAUAGACUCAUUGCAGAAAAACAGGAGAGGAAACAUGAAUCGAGGUAAGACCAAACCAUUGUAUGAUAGACAAAAGGGGCAAAAGGGAUAUAGAAUGAAAUGGGAUAAGCCAGUAUGCACUAGAUGUGGGAAUACAGCACACAAUAAAGAUCAGAAAUGUCCUGCUAUAAAGGCACAAUGUUUUGGACGCAAGAAAAUUGGUCAUUACCAAAAUAUGUGUUUCAAGGCAAUCAAAACAAACUGUAACUCACUUGAGCGUGAUGACAGCAAUUCAAAUGAACCAGAUAUUGAUCAAAAAAUAUUUCUUGGUACUUUACUACCAGAACAGUGUCCGAACAUUGGUGCUAACCCAAACCAAAUUAAUAGCCUGAGUACAGAGCAGAGAAAGAAAGUACUGAUUGAAACCCAUCUGACUGCAGAGCCUUACCACAAGUAUACCACCCCAGUAGUAUGUAAAAUUGACACGGGUGCAGAACUUAAUGUUCUAUCUAAACAUGGCUAUGAAACAAUUGUUCCUAAUCCCAAACGAAGGCGGCUUGAGCCACCUAAUAUAAAAAUCACCGCUUAUGGAGGUCAUGAGAUUAGGAACAUUGGCACCUGUCAGUUAUAUAUACAUCAUAUGGAUGAAGUUAAACCAAUAGUAUUUAAUGUUAGGGAUGUGGAAGGACCUGCCAUACUAGAUUGUCAAACAUCGCGUGACCUGGGAUUGGUACAGUUUCCUUGUAAAAUAAUGCAUGUGCACGCGGGCGCACCAACCCUAUCGAAUUCAAAAAAUGUUGUUAAGAGGGAUACGCAUCUUACUAAAGAGACUCUGUUGAAAGAGUACCUGGAUAGAUUCGAGGGACUAGGUACAUUCAAGGAUAUGAAGCCAUACCAUAUCACCUUAGAACCAGAUGCAGAACCAGUUAUCCACCCACCGUGA